AACUAACAGGUUAUUUGAAUAGCUUUCACUGUGUUUCGAGAGAUCUUAAACCCUGCAAGAAAUUGUGGUGCGUAAUUUACAAAUCCGAUUCGUCUCACAGACAUCGAUACAGGUAAACCGGCGACAUGUUGACCAGCAUCACCGAGAGCAUCUUCUGCUGUCUGUGGGGAAAGACGACCAGCGUUGUGUUGCCAGUUGAAUCAUCUGACGGCAAGCCCGCUGAUGGAUUCGAGUUUGUGGAGGUGAAGCCAGGCCGGGUUCUUCGCGUGCGCCACAUUCUCCCCGAACGUCCCGCAACCACAGACGAACAACCAGAGCCGAGCAGCAGCAGCAGCGUCCACUGCAAGCGCAAGAUCACGGUGUACCGCAACGGCCAGCUGGUGAUCGAGAACCUGGGAGAUGUCCUCCACUCCGAGAUCCUGCAGUGCCAGAACGGAGACGUGGAACAGUGCAGCACGGUGGAGGUGGAGCUGUCGGAUUACACCACUGCACCGUCCUCCCCGGAUCCCAAACCCGCUCCAGCUCUUCUCAUCUCUGACCAGCAGAAACCCGCACCUCCACCCAGACGCAGGCGACGGAAACCCAAGCGCACCGUGCUGAUCGACACGCAGCGAUGCAUCAGCAGCUGUAAGGGAACGCAUUCGGACGUGGCGCUGUUCUUCAUCCACGGCGUGGGCGGCUCGCUGGACAUCUGGGGGAGGCAGCUGGACUUCUUCUCUCGGUUGGGUUACGAGGUCGUCGCUCCUGAUUUGGCGGGUCACGGCGCCAGCAUUGCUCCUCAGAUAGCGGCGGCGUACACCUUCUACGCACUCGCAGAGGACCUGCGCGCCAUAUUCAAGAGAUAUGCCAGAAAACGGAACAUCCUCAUUGGUCACUCAUACGGGGUGUCGUUCUGUACGUUCCUGGCACACGAGUAUCCGGAACAGGUGCAUAAGGUGGUGAUGAUCAACGGAGGCGGCCCGACAGCGCUGGAACCGAGUCUGUGCUCAAUCUUCCAGCUGCCCUCCUGUGUCCUGCACUGUCUGUCCCCGUGCCUCGCCUGGAGCUUCCUCAAAGCUGGUUUCGCCAGGCAGGGAGCUAAAGAGAAGCAGCUCUUGAAAGAGGGAAACGCGUUUAACGUCUCUCCGUUCGUCCUGCGAGCGAUGAUGAGCGGUCAGUACUGGCCCGAGGGGGAUGAAGUUUACCACGCCGAGCUCACCGUACCCAUACUGCUGGUGCACGGCAUGUACGACAAGUUUGUUCCAAUUGAUGAGGAUCAGCGGAUGGCAGAGAUCCUCUUGUUUGCAUUCCUGAAAGUAAUCGAGGAAGGCAGUCACAUGGUGAUGAUGGAAUGCCCAGAAACGGUCAACACUCUCUUGCAUGAGUUCUUCCUCUGGGAACCUGACAAUUCCAAAAAGAACACGGUUACCAAGGUAACAGCCGACCAGACAACAGUCAACAACGUCACACCCGUCCAGACGCUCAGUGUCGCCAACGGCAACAUCACAGGGACUCCCAAGGUCAACAAGCCCCUUAACAAGUAACCUGAUGAUUGACGUUUUUGGGGUAAAGCAAUCAGAAGGCUGUUGAUGGCAGGCUGAAACCGUCACCUUGGCUGAGAGCUGAUUUUUGGUCAGAUGGUCCUAGCGGGUGUCGAGACGGGGGUGAGAAAGAAUCGCGUGUUCAAAGAGACUCUCGGUGAGAACUAGCGA